UUUGUGAAGUGAAAGUCCAAAUUAAAACAAAUUUAAAUAGAACCCCAAGAACACAUCCCACCGGAUACACUGAAAUAACUUCAAAAUCCCCAAAUUAAAGAGAGAAUAAUGCAUAAUUUGAAUCUCCUUCUCCUCUUCUUCUUCUUCUUCUUCCUCUUUCUUUCUCCCACACUAACCAAAUCCCUAUCAGAUCCGCCGCCUAGCACCGACGUAGGCGGCGGUGGAGGAAAGCACUUCGUCCUAGUUCACGGAGCCUGCCUGGGGGCCUGGUCGUGGUACAAGCUAUCAACGCUGCUCCGAUCGGCGGGGCAUCGGGUGACAGCGUUAGACAUGGCGGGGGCUGGAAUUGAUCCCCGGGAGGCGGAGAGGCUGAAAUCGUUCAACGAAUACGUUGAGCCGUUGAGAAAUUUGAUGGGGGAGGUGGGGGAGGAGGAGAAGGUGAUUCUGGUAGGACACAGCCAAGGCGGGCUUUGCAUAUCGAAGGCAAUGGAGGAAUUUCCGGAGAAAAUAUCUGUUGCGGUUUUUGUGGUUGCCGCUAUGCCUGGCCCAGCCCUAAACGCUUCAUUUCUAAUUGGACAGUUACGGAAGUGGUUAGAUUUUGGGCCAGACAGCCAUUAUACAUAUGGUAAUGGGCCAAGAAGCCCACCAACAACUUUGACAUUUGGGCCAUUGUUCUUGGCCGCAAAAGUAUUCAACAAAAGCCCCCUGGAGGACUUGACAUUAGGGAGGACAUUGGUGAGACCAACCCAUCUGUUUGGUGGAGAGCAAUGGAACAAAGAUUUAGUUUUGACAAAGGAGAGAUAUGGGUCUGUCAAAAGAGUUUUUGUUGUUUCGGAUAAUGAUAAGGUCAUCAAGAAAAGCUUCCAAAAAUGGGUUAUUCGUAGAAACCCACCUGAUGGUGUUGUGGAAGUUAAAGGAUCUGAUCAUAUGGUCAUGAUGUCUAAGCCUUUGCAUCUCUUCAACAUACUUUCACACAUUGCUCGUCAACAUUCUUAAUCCUCAUUUGUAUUGUUUUAGUAUUCUGUUUCUUACUGCUGUGUAAUAAUCCUAUAUAUUGUUGGGUUUUGGCAAAAUAUUAAAAGAGUGGUUGUAAUAUAAAAGAAGUUUGUAUCUUUAGGGAGUGGUUGUCUUGUAGUUUUUCACUUGGUGUAAUUUUUAUGUACCACCACCAUUGUUAUCAACCCUUCAAUCUUCGUUUCAAAAUUUUCAUUCACUACAUAUUGGCAUUGCCAUGUAGUUCUAAUAAUUUACCUUCAAA